AUGCACCAGCUCACUGGGCCAAAUAUUCCUCGACGGUUCGCGCCAAUGGCAGACGGCGCUGGCGUGUUGCGGGAGGCAGCUUUGCUCGCUGGUGAGAGGCUGGCAGCUCGCAAAACGGCAGGGGCGUGGAUCCCCGAUGCUCUGUUCAGGGGCCGCGGCGAUGGCAUCCAGACUUUGUGCCAGUUUUUGGUACGCAGCUGUCCGGAUCGAGUCGAGCCUCAUGCAAGUUGUAUGUACCAGAAGCUCUCUGCAGGAAACCAUUCGACCUGGACAGGCAGCGGCGACGCAAGGUUUAUGAACACCAAAGGAAAUUUGCUGGAAGAGCAAGAAUCCGUUUCACACGAUCUAGCCAGCGCUUCAUCUAACAAGUCUUGCUGGCACGAAGAUCAUGUUUGA